AGAUAUUGUCGGGUUCCUCGUCGCCGUGAACACGGCAUCGACGAGUCUGAUCCGCGAUGGACCCGCUCGUGAGCGCGGAAGAUUUGAGAGCCUUACCCCACCUGCCGGGCUACAUCUAUCGUCAGCGCAAGAGCAACUAUCCACGCGCCAACUCUUGGAACCUGGUGAAUGGUGUGCGGAUCGAGCAGAAGGAAGGGAUCUCCUUCGAUAAGCCAAAGUUCGUCAAGGUGAGCAAGCUACCGGAUGUGUGGCGCUCCGGAUCACUGCCGGACAGCGAGACGCGGGAAGUCUUCAAGACGGAUGUGGUCGAGCUGGAGACCCAGGAACUGCCCGCCUGGGAUGCCUUUGACCGUCACGUCUUGCGCUUCAGCGGCUACUUCAAGGAGUCGGUCGUGGAAGCGAAUUUGGAGAAUCACCGCGUGCGAAAAGCGAUCAUCUACUACUAUUUGGAGGAUGACACCUGUCAGAUCCAAGAGCCCAAAGUCGACAACAGCGGGAUGCCACAAGGUCAGCUGAUCCGACGACAUCGCUUCCCAUCCCCGGAGGGUGGUUACUUGAGGGCCGAGGAUCUGCGAGUGGGAACCAUCCUGCAGAUCUAUGGGCGCCACAUCUUCAUCACUGACUGUGAUCCCUUCACAAGGGAGUACUUUGAGCAGCUGGGCAUUCCGCAAGGGCCGACGGAGCCGGAGGAAAUGGAUCCUUUCCAAGCCACGCGCGAAGCGAUGAAGAACCAUGCAUCGACCCAGCCUCGAACUUAUGAGAAGAUCUACAGAGAGGUCAUGCUGGGUGGCGGGCAUAUCAAUGCGGACAUGCAGCAGUUCUUGGAGAAUGACAAGAAGGUUCUCCGUUUCUACGCGGUCAUGGAUGAUGUGUCCACGCCACAGUUCGAGCGCAGGCCGUUUACCAUCAUGUUCUUCUUGGCGGAUGACACCUUAGAGAUCUCCGAGCAGUACCCGCUGAACUGCGGCAGGGAGAACUUUCCGAUCUUCUUCAAGCGUGGGAAGAUCCCCUUUGGACCCUACAAGGUGGAGGGACCCCAGGCACAAGCUCGAAAGAAGCAUGAGUUUGUGCAUGGCCACGACUUUCGGGUGAAUACUACGGUGCAGCUCCUGGGGAACUAUUCCUUUUUCAUCUAUGAUGCAGAUGAGUUCACGCGGAACUACUUCCGCACGCAGCUGGGCGAGGAGCUGGAGCCCAUGGUCGACGUCCGCCUGCCCGAGCGCGCCGUGCCCAGGGCCAAGACGCCGCCCUACACGGGCUAUGGAAGCUGGGAAGAUUCCAUGGGCUCGGUGACGCAUAUCGUCCCCAAGUUGCCCAAGAAGGACUUAGUGAAGCUCUUCCAGCAUGAAGGCAAAGUGCUACGCUUCAAGGCAAGGUUUGCCAAGCCAAAGCCCGAAGAUGCAGAUCGCUUGUUCGUCAUUAGCUUCUACCUGCAGGAUGACACCUUGGCCAUCCAUGAGCCGCCACAACGGAACAUGGGUAUUGUCACCGGGCGCUUCUUAGAGAAAGGCAUUCACCUGAAUCAGAUCACCGGGGCCUUCUUUCAGCCCAACGAUCUUCUUCCAGGCAAUGUCAUCAAGGUCUACAACAACGAGAUGCUCAUCUUGGACAUGGAUGAGUAUUCCCGGAAGGUCUUUGAAGAUCCUGAUACUUUGCUCCGGAAGUUCGACUUGGAAGCGGUGCUGCAGAAGUUGAGGGACUCCAUGCGCCAGCAGUAUCCACUGAUCCGCGAUAUCUUCAGGCGCUUCGAUGGAGAUCACGAUGGCGUUCUCACGGUGUCCGAGUUCCAGCAAGCCCUGGAGAAGUUUGGAUUCCAACUGGGCCCAGAGGACGUCUUGAAGAUCAUGAGGCACUUCGAUUCGCGCAGGGACGGCCAGGUGAGCUACAACGAGUUCUGCGACGCCUUGCUGGAUCCUGAUUGGACCACCGGCAUGUUGCAGACCCAGAAUCCCCUGGAUGAGAAGCACGAUGAGGCCUAUGCCACGCGUGCCUCUGCAAAGACAGCUGAGAGAGCAGAAACCACUCAGGUGCGCAAAGCCGUCCGGGAAUUGGGCGAUGUGCUCUACAAGAAGCAUGGCUUCGUGAUCCGGAUUCUGAAAGAAAUGCAGCACAUUACCCAUGAGGACUAUGUGACGUCUGAGCAGAUCAAGAAAGCCUUGGAACAUGUUGGUCAUCCGUUCCAUUUGGAGGAUGUGGAACGAGUGAUCUUGUAUCUCCAUCCCGACGCCGACCUGAACGCCGUGGAUUACCGAAGGCUCUUCCAGGAUGCCCGGAGACCUCGGCAGACGGGUCGACCCUUCGGUCGGUACCGGGUGAGCUACGGGUCGAACGGAGACACUGGCUGAAGCGGUUCGGGUCGUGCGCACGGAGGGUCGUUCGUCGUUACCAUGAGUGCCCGGGUACUUGCUUUCCCAGACCAUGCAUGGGACUGCAUAUACCACCACACGAGGUCGGAGGAAGACGCCCAAUCCUUUGACAUACCCAGACAGGACCGGUCGGGCUGUUUUCACGCAGCCGGGGCCGACCGCAUCCGGUUCUCUCACGCGGAUCGACGAUCCGAAAUUGAUGUGCGCUCCCUCAACUGGAUCGAUCGUGUGAUCAUCGUCAUGGCCUGCCAAAAAAACAAACACAGAACGCAAAAAACAACACAACGUCGACGUGUUUUUCCGCAUUACGACGUAGAUCAAGCCGCAGAGUGGUGAUCUGGAGGGCGAGGUUUUCGCUUCUGUUCAUCUUCCCCUGCGCGGAGUGUUCGCCCAGGUCGUGACGAGCUUUCACGAUGUGAGCGCUUCACGUUGAGGCUGCCUUUUGAGGCUUAGCAGCUCGAGAGGUUUCACCCUGAGUUGCCCACGAUCGCACUCUGGUGCGGUCUAGUGGCGAGACGCCCUCCGCUGCAAAACGCAGCGUGCCACGUGCGCCUCCAGUCUUGGGCCAGGCAGCUUGUCCAAGCCAUGCCUCGCCCGUAGGUAAAUGAAGCUCCUUGAGCAGCGUCGUCAUGGCGCCUUGCAAGGUAGGUGUCUCACCCCUGCUGAGUUGCCAAUCUACAGCAAAAAUGGUUUGAGGCCGCAACGCGUGAAUGGAACAUGAUACAAUUAUGCAUGGAACAAUAUAAUUAAUACCUGAAUCUUCCAACUGUGCCA